AUGGCCUCCUCUUCCACCUCCAACGGCGCCACCAGCAGCGCCAUCCCCGGCGACAUGACCUCGCGCGACUACUACGCCGACUCGUACGCCCACUUUGGCAUCCACGAGGAGAUGCUCAAGGACGAGGUCCGCACCCUCUCGUACCGCAAUGCCAUCAUCCAGAACCCGCACCUCUUCAAGGACAAGGUCGUCCUCGACGUCGGCUGCGGCACCGGCAUCCUCUGCAUGUUUGCCGCAAAGGCUGGCGCAAAGAAGGUCAUUGGCGUCGAUAUGAGCAACAUCAUUGACCAGGCAAAGGUCAUUGUCGAGACCAACGGCUUCGCGGAUGUCAUCACGCUGGUCAAGGGCAAGCUCGAGGAGGUCGACCUCGGCCUGGGCCCCGACGGCAAGGUCGACAUCAUCAUCAGCGAGUGGAUGGGCUACUUCCUCCUCUACGAGUCGAUGCUCGACACGGUCCUCAUGGCCCGCGACAAGUACCUCGCGCCCGGCGGAAAGCUCUUCCCCGACCAGGCCACGCUCUACCUCUCGGCCAUCGAGGACCAGGAGUACAAGGACGAGAAGAUCGGCUUCUGGGACGACGUCUACGGUUUCAACUACUCGUGCAUCAAGGACAUUGCGCUGCGCGAGCCGCUCGUCGACACCGUCGAGCUCAAGAGCGUCGUCUGCGACCCCUGCCCCAUCAAGCAGCUCGACCUGACCACCGUGACAAAAGAGGAGCUCUCGUUUGUCUCCGACUUUACCCUCAACGCUACCCGCAACGACUACGUCCACGCCUUCCUCGGCUGGUUCGACAUCUCGUUCGAGGCCUGCCACAAGCCCGUCAAGUUCUCCACCGGCCCGCACUCGCGCUACACGCACUGGAAGCAGACCGUCUUCUACACAAAGGACAUGCUCACCGUCAGCCAGGGUGACGCCAUCACCGGCCGCCUCUCGUGUCAGCCCAACUCCAAGAACAACCGCGACCUCGACAUUGUCAUCGACUACGAGGUCAAGGGCGCCGCCGGCACCAAGGGCAGGAUGGAGUACAAGAUGUCCUAA